CCGAGCUCGUUCGACUUGAUCCAGCUCCCCCGCUUUGCUUCCAACCAUCCACCACCUACUGAGGCCUCCUCCCCCCGCACCCCCGCAAAACCCUAGCCAGUUCCGGACAACCGGCGAGGUGACCACCGUGGUCGUACCAAUGCUGCACACUGAGGAGCCUCCGCUUGACGCGGACCACUUCGUCGAAGCAGUGCCAUCAUCAGUGCCGCAGCCGCAGCUGCUGGAGGAGUCCGCGCCGCCGCCGCCGCCACCGCCUCAGCCAGUGGAGAAGGACGAGCGGCCUUUACCCGCCGCCGCGCUUCCUCAAUGGUCCGAAUCGGGCCCGGGUCAAGAUAAGGGAGACAAAGAGACACGGCAAGACAAAAAUCUCUUGUCUCUUCUAGGUGCAGAAGACAAGAGCGACAGUCAGAUCUGUCAAGAACAAAGGUUUAAGGAGAACUUCCUGAACAACAAGAUGGUGUAUGCCCAUACUCAGUGCUGCUCGCGUCAUUUGAAAAUUGAAAAGACUGAUUUUGAUGUGGGUGCGUCUUUAAUUAACCCCAAAAACUGGAUUUGUUUUGUUAAUUCUGUUCUACAAUGCUUGGUUCACACUGUUCCACUUGUGUCCAAGCUUCUGAAAGAUCCUCACCUACAUAAAUGUCCUGAUCAAUUCUGCGGUUACUGCUCCCUACGAAACCAUGCUUUUGAAGCUAUUAGGCUCUCAGGACAUGUCCUGUACCCCACCAACUUUAUCAACUGCCUACAUAUAAUAUCUCAAGAUUUCGUACGGGGCAAGCAGCAAGAUGCACAUGAAUUCCUCAACUGCUUCUUUGAUAAGUUAGGCAAGGCAACUAUUUCUCCCAGAUCUGAACCUCGCGGAUCCAUUGUCCAAGAAGUUUUUGGUGGUGAACUAGAAAGCGAGUUAUCACAUUGCCCAAAGUGCAAUCAUCGUCCCUCAAGCAAGUUGGAACCCUUCUCUGACCUGAGCCUGGAGAUUAAUCAAGCGGGCACUGUCGUGGAUUCACUGUUAUCAUAUACAAAAGCUGAGGCGCUUGAAGAUUACCGUUGUGAAUCAUGCAAUAGUUGCAUGAAGAGGGAAAAGCACCUCAAGGUGAAGAAGGCUCCUGAAGUUCUCAUAAUGCAUCUAAAACGAUUCCAAAGUGCGGGGCACCGUACAUCUAAAAUAACUGACAUGGUGAACUAUCAGUUAGAGUUGGAUUUAGCCCCCUUCAUGAGCUCCCCGGAUGAGCAACCACAAAAUUAUGAUCUGUAUGGAGUCGUCGAGCACGUUGGUUCCGGGAAAGAUUCUGGUCACUACAUGAGUUAUAUCCGUUCAUCAGAUUCUGGUCACUACGCAGGUUUGGGAAAUCACCAAGGAAAAAGCUCUGGACACAAAAGCGUAUCUUUUGUUCUAUGUCAAGCAUGGUUCUUGCCCGUGGUUCUCUACUUUACUUGAG